AUGGAAACUUUGAAGAAUUCUUCAGAAAUAUAUGAUAAUGAUUCAUCUAGCAACUCAACCUCAACUCCUGAAAAGAUAAAUAGUUGUACUUUCGAUAAUCCAGAUAUAUUCAGUGUAUUUGGCGAUGCGUCGUGUGGGGAACCGUUUUGUGCACAAAAAUUGCAAUUAGAUUUCACUCCGGACGAAGAAAUCGACAACGAAUAUGUUCAAAAGAAGUGCUGUGCAUUUUGGAAUUUUAUCUACAGCCAGCCUGAAAUACAGAAUUUAAUGGUUAAACCGCAAAAGAACGUAGACCUGCAAUCCAUUGGGAUUUACGGGGACAGCGUGUCCAGCAUGGAUGAUGAAACUGCAGAAAUAGAAUCAAGAGAUCUAAAAGAGAGGACGGCCUUAUCUAUGCUUGAGUUCGUUGAAGAUAAAGGUCUUAUAGACCGCACGUUUGAAGCCAAGAUACACGAAUCUCAUUGCACAAUGGGCUCCAGGGAGUAUAAAGAACUGGAAAAACCCAAGAAAAACCUUAAACCUGGUCCAUGUGCUCCCUGUGGUGGUAUUUCUGGCCCAUGUCCAUGUAUUUCCCCCGAGCCCUGUGCGUUAAAAGCACUGGUCAGGAGCAUGCAAGAUUGGGAUGCGAAACAUCCAAAGUCCCUCGAGGAACCAAGUCACCCUCCAUCACUCCAGCACGGCAUUCUCCAAAGACAAGCGGAGUCCACGAGCCAUUCUGACUGA